CACGAAACUGCGGGCACGUUCGUCGGUUCGUUUGGCACCGCUAAAGACGACGAAGAAGAACCGCCAUGGCCUCCAGCAGGUUCAGAGUACUCUGCAUUCUCUACUUUUUCGCGGUGACCAGUGUGCUCAACAUCGCCGGCUACAUUACUGGAUUCCACCGAAAGCCAGGAGAAAAAAUGCACGCGGGCGAAGUCAUGUACGUCAUUGAGACAUCUUUGAAUCUAAUCUCCGACAUCGCAAUGCUGCACGUGCUUUAUCGGCCACCGCGUAUUCUGAGCGUUCUUCUAGACUGGAUCAGGCUGUUUCUCUGCUGGAACGCCGGAACCACGAUCAUCUGCGUGGGCACGCGCCUACUGGGGAGUUACAUGGAGUGCCGUAAGGCCCGUGUGGACCUCGAGUCGAUACCUUACAACCGCGAUGCUGACACACACCGGAAAAUACUGUUCAUGUCCUUCGCCUUCCAGUACGCGAUCAUAUUUAUUUUCAAGUUUACGCUACUGAGCGUGGUCUACCGCUUUUACAAGGAACUCUGCCCAAAGACGACGCAGAGGAACGUCAUCCACCAAGUAGAGGCCGGAGACGCCAGCUCACAAGAUUUUACCCACAAGACAACUUGACCACCACGUCGAAAUAUAUUCCGUUUAUAUCUUUCAUUUUAACACCUAAA